AUGGCGGUCGUUCCGCUGCUUUCUACCUGCUCUAAUCUCGUCCCGUCAUCCUCAUUCCUAGCGCCUGCCCUCUGCCUCUCGCCCAAUUUCUCCCUCUUUACAAGCAAGAGAUUCCCGAAUUUUCUCUUACAGGAAGGAUACCGAGGAAGUCACCCUUCUUUGGUUCGCGCUAGGGCUCUUUCUCGGGCGUUCGACGAGCCGCGGGAGAGAUCCGCGGGGAGAUCGGGGGAGGAGCGGGGGGAGGAGCGAUGGGGGAAGGAGAGAGGGGAAGAGAGUUGGGGGGAUGAUGGGGGGGAUGAUGGAUGGGGGGACGAGAGGGCGAAAGAGGGAUGGCGGGAGCGGAAGGAGAGGGAAAGAUCGGCGGAAAGUUGGGGGGAGCGAUUGGCGGAGUGGGUUGGGGGGGAAGGCGAGGGCGGAGGGUCAGGGGAGAGGUCGGCGGAGAGAUGGGGGGAGCGGAGGGGUGGGGGUGGCGGGAGGGGCGCGCGGGGAGGACGAGGAGGGCGGACAGAGAGGGGUGGGCGGGGGGGCAGGGGACAGGGUUCAGGGUUUAGCCUAUUUGGAGCGGAUCGGUUUGAGGAGGGGCGUGGAGGGUUUGGGGGGAGACGGCGGGGGGAGGGGGAUGGGGAAAGAGCGAAGUUGCAAAGGGAAGAGAGGGGGGACGGCGGAUGGGGGGAGGGCGGAAGGGGGGACAGCGGAGAGGGUUCUGGGUUUGGGUCAAGGUUUGGUGGUAGGCGUUCGCGAGAGAAGGUUACCAGGCGAAAGCACACGGAGUUGGCGAUAGGUCCCGCGCUGGUUACCAGCAUUGGCGAAGAGGCGGAAUUGGGGGAGGAGGGCGAAACAGGCGGGCUGAGCGAGGGGUUGAAGGGGGAGGUAAAGGAAGCGCGAGAAGGGGGAAGGGGAGCGGGGCAGGGGGGAGGCGGAGGUGAUUAUGGAAGGCGUGACGGUAGGGAGAUUGGGGGGAGGGGGGGAGGGGGAAGCGGAAGGGCGCUGGUGGGUGGGGGAAGGGGGAGGGACGCGCAGAGAGGCGGAUGGGGGGUUGAUGCGGAUGAGUGGGUUGAGGAUGGGGGGGAUUGGCGGGUGGAGGAGCGGGAGGAUGACGACUGGGGGGAUGACAGGGGCGCAAGGGAGGGCGGGGGGAGGGAGAGGGGGAGCGGGAGUGGCGGAUGGGGAAGAGGAGGGCGUAUGGGUGGGGAGCGGAUGGGGGUUUACGAGCAGUGGAGCAGGGGGGUGAGCAAGCGCAGGGCGAAGGCUGUGGGGGGCCGGGGGGAGGGGGAGGGGGGCAUGGGGGAAUAUGCAAAUGAGGGGAAGGCGGGGAGAGAGGGGAGGGAGGGGAGUGGGGGAGAGGGGGAGGAGUCGGAUGAGGAGGGGGGGAGGCGGUGGUGGCAGCGGGGGGAUAAGUAUGUCCGGGGGGAGAGGAAUCUGAGGGAGGAGGGGGAUGUGGGGGGGAAGGUGAAUGUGGGUGGGGAGAGGAGAGGAGGUAGGGGGCGCAAUGAGGAGGAGAGAAUGUAUAAGGGGAGUGAUUAUAAGGAGGGGGAUUCUGGUAGGAGGGAUUAUAAGGAGGGGGGUUAUGGGAGGAGAGAUUACAGUGAGAGAGUGCAAGAGGAGGACUACGGUGAGAGGGUUGGGUAUGGCGGCAGAGGGGGGUAUAAGGGGGAGGGGCGCAUGGAAAGAGGCAGGGGCGUGGGCGGUAGCAGAGGGGGAAUGGGUACCAGCAGAGUAGACAGGGAAGGGGGCUAUGAUGAGAGGAACGGGUACAGCGGCAGAGGGAGGUAUGAUGGGGAGGGGCGCAUGGACAGGAACGCAGGUGUGGACGAGAGAGGUGAUUAUGAUGAUAAGAGCGUUUACACGAGGGGAGGAGGCGGGCUAAGAGGCAUGGGCGCUGGCAGAAGGGAGAGUAUGGGUGGGAGAAGAGGAACAGAGGGAGACAGACUGGGCAGGGAAAGGGGAGCAGAGGGAGUGAGAGGGGCAAGGUGGGAGAAGGAAGGAGGUUUGAACGCGAGAGGCACUCGAGGGGAAUAUGCUGAAUGGGAGGAGCAGGAAGGAGAGGAAGGUGAUGAGGGGAGACGAGGAGGCGGAGGGAGAGGCAGCAGUGGUGGGAGAGGCGCCUCGGUGCCGCCGUCACUGUCAGCAGCAUCAGCAGCUUCAGAAUCAGCUGUAUCAACUGUACCUGCUGCUGUCCUUGAAGAGCCCACUUUGAACUGCGAGCAUUUCACAAACUGCUCCGGCUGCAAUCUCAAUGCUGCUCUGGACCGCCCUCCCAUCAUUGGGGAAGCAGAGGCGUUCUUCCAAGCUCGUGGGGUGGCGGGCUUUAAGCUGCACACCGCUGAUGUGGUGAGUGGGAUAGAAGGGCAGGGAGUACAUGCAUGCUGUGGUGCUCUCAAUGUUGCCCUUGACCGUCGUCCCAUCAUCAAGGAGGCAAAGGCGUUCUUUGAAGCUCGCGGGGUGGCGGGCUUUAAGCUGCACACCGCUGAUGUGGUGAGUGGGAGAGCUGACCGCCCUUCCAUCAUUGGAGAGGCAGAGGCAUUCUUUGAAGCACGCGGGGUGGCGGGAUUUAAGCUGCACACCGCUGAUGUGGUGGAGUGGCGGUGCAGGGCUAAGCUGGCAGUGAGGGGCAUAGCAGGGGAGCCACUGGUGGGGCUGUAUGCAGCACGGUCGCACGAUGUGGUUGACAUUCCCAUGUGCAGAGCCCACCAUCCGCGCCUAAAUGCUGCUGCAGCUCUCGUGCGCUCAGUGAUCAAGGACCUGGGCAUAGAGCCUUAUAACGAGGAGACAGGCCAGGGGAUGCUCAGGUAUAUUCAGCUUGCUCUCACCACCAACGACACCUCCAUCCCUUCUUCUGAGCGAUAUUUGAAAGGCAAGGUGCAGGUGACGCUGGUGUGGAAUACGAGCAACGAAAAGUCACCCGCUGCUGAGAAGAUUCCAGCCUUGUGCAAGGAGCUGUGGCGGCGGGGAGGCAAAGAGGCAAAUGUGCUGCACUCUGUGUGGGUGAACUUUCAGACCUCGUCCAGCAAUGUGAUAUUCGGUGGCAGGUGGCGGCACAUGAUUGGUCCAACGGACAUGUGGGAGCGGCUGGGGGGCGUGGAUGUGUGCUUUACUCCGGGCAGCUUUGGGCAGGCCAACUACAAGGCGUUUGACUUGAUGCUGAAGCAUCUGCACUCGCUCAUUCCCCGUCGCUCUUUAGUGGUGGAGCUUUAUGCCGGGGCAGGGGCCAUAGGGCUGUCCCUUGCUGCCACCACACAGUGCAGUGUGCGUUGCUACGAGAUAAACGAGGCCGCCCGGGCGCCCUUCACUCGCUCACUGGAGCGCCUGCAGCCGCUGCUGCGCCACCCUGCUUCCGUGUCAUGGCACCAGGCAGACGCAGAGGCACCUGUUGAGUCCCAUCUGGACAUUCUAUUGGAUGCAGACGUGGUGCUCGUGGACCCCCCUCGCAGGGGCCUGCACGAGCAAGUCCUGGCUGCUCUGCUGCACGCAGCCAGGCAUGCCGGCAGGGUAUCCCAGCAGCAAACAGACAGCCAAUCUAGCAGCCCUGCCAGGAAUGCAAAGUCCAAGGCUGGCAGCAGCAACAGCGGUGGGGCGAAAGCGGGUGACAGCUUGACUCUGGUUUACAUCAGCUGCGGAUGGGACGCGUUUCAGAGGGACUGUGACAAGCUCACCCAGGACGGCCUCUUCCAUCUGUCCCACGCCUCGGCCUUUAACUUCUUUCCUGGCACUAACAGCAUCGAGACUCUUGCUGUCUUCACAACGGCCAAGCCACGCGCAUUGUAG